GAAAAACCCGGAAAUACAAUGUCUGCUUGCUGACGAGAUGUCUUCAUGGUUGAAAGCUACAGUAGAGACGUUAUUAUGAAGUGGAAAACGUGUAUUUUUUUUGUUGCUUUCAUGGUUUUGAACCCCGGCGUUUGAAUAACUGACAUCGUUGAUGUAAAGCUAAGCUGUCGAUCUAGCGCCAGCAGCAGCGUUUGUUUUAAUUCAUGGACAAAGACAAGUGUACCGACAUUGUAACAUGGUCCAUGCUCCUGGAUGGAGAUGCAUCAGUACAUCGGUGACCUUAUCACAUCUGGAAACACCUCCAAGGAUCAGCCAGAUGUGCUAAAUGCAGUGUGGGGCAUGACUGGUGGUGACGCUGUUGCUCUGGGGUUCAAAGGUCCUUCACUUGAGCCUCUACCACAUCCUCCACUUGCUCAGGACAAGACAGGGGCAGAGCCAGGCCGGCACAUCCAGCCUGGGGCAACACAGAGCAAGGGAGACGCCAGACACAGAAGAGAAGAUUUGCAUCAUGCCUGUACCUGCCCUGGCUGCCCUUACUCCUCUUCCCCACCUUCCUUUGAGACUUUAAAACCCAGACAGUCUUUGUCCUCACCGCCAUGCUCCGAUGGAGUAUGCCGCCCCAAAGACCUUAGCAGUACUGCUCCAAUGAGCCUCAGUGUGUGCCUACCGGACACCACUGUACAAAGCAGCACCACUACAUCUGAGUUGGAGACCGGAACGUCCAGCAGACUGCAGGGGGAGGAUGCGGACAGAGGGUCUCAGAGCCCAGACCAGAACUCAGAGACUACUCCGUCCAGAACGUCCUCAGGCUCCUUGUCCACUCUCUCCAUGUUUCCCUGCUUGUGUUGCCACCGUGGCCUCCAGACGUGCACCCAGAUCCUCGGCCACCAAGACAGCACAGACUCCCCAUUUUCUCACACCCAUGCACAUCAUCACUUUCAUCACCACCACUGCCCUAUAACCUCUUGUUUUUCCUGUCCUCAGCUUGCCCACUCUCACUCCUCUCAGCUCUCUGGUCCUUUUCCCUGCUUUCCUUGCCAGCGCUCCUUUCCUACCUGUUCUCAGGUCUGCCACCACCAGAACAGACAAACACAGCAACAAGAGGAGAGAGGCAGGGCAUCUGUGACCAUGUUGUCGCUGCAUCCUUGUAUGCACUGCUCUGCUUCCUUUUCAAGACCAUCCCAGCUACUCCAGCACCAGCGCUCUGAGCAUGCCCACAAACCGUCUGGUUUCCUCUGCACAGAGUGCGGCAGGGCCUUUAACUCGCACAGCAACCUCCGCAUUCACCUCAAUGUGCACACUGGUGCCCGGCCCUACACCUGCUCCGACUGUGGGAAGAGUUUUAGCCAGUCAGGGGCUCUGAAGAUCCACAGGCGCAUUCACACAGGAGAAAGGCCAUAUUCUUGUGGAUUUUGCGGCAGGGGGUUUCCCCAUCUAGCAGGGGUCCGGGCCCACCAGAGGACCCACACUGGAGAGAAGCCCUACCGCUGCAACCAGUGUGGGAAAUGUUUCACCCAGUCUGGAGCUUUGAAAAUCCACACCCGUAUCCACACAGGAGAGAGGCCCUUUAUCUGCAGCCUCUGUGGGAAAGGCUUCUCUAACCGCUCCGGGAUCCGCUUCCACUCCCGCACAGUCCACGGGCUGACUUCUGAACAUGCUGGAGAAGCUGGAGCUGGGGUUACAUAUCGUGGAGCAGCAGGCCGUGGCUAUCCACCUGGGCAUCCCAAGACUUUUCCUUCUGCCAGUGUUGGCCUAAAUACACUUAACAGGCCAGAUAGCGACUCACGUACAGCUCCGAACUCCAGAGAUCCUCCUGCUUCAACUGCUGCUCAGUCUGAGGCAAGAAACCCUGGCAGUAACAGAGAGGGCCUUCUGUAUGCAUGUGAAGACUGUGGCCUACGUUUUAAAGAUGCCCCGUCCAGGAACAGACACCAGACUCUGGUGCACUACUCCUCUGAUGGGAGAGAGGAAGAAGGGGGGGCAGAGGAAAGAGUUAAGCACAAAUGAGAGAGUCUGGGGUAGCAGCGCAAAGGGAAGGAAUGUUACAAUGGUUUUAAAUGUUAAAAUUAUUUUUUGCGGAAUACAUUCUGUUGGUAUUAUUCUUGUCAAUUAGGAAAGUCUUGGAAAUUGCACUACUUCUUUUUGAGCUACCAUACAGACUCAAAUUGACUUAUAUUUUGAAAUACAAUUUGAUUUGUCCUACCUUUUGUGAUUUCAAGGAGAGUCUGAUUGAUACAAAAUGAUUUGAUAGAAGUUCAUACCUCAGACUGGUUGAUAUUUUUCUAUAUUGAGGUAUCCAGUUGUCUGUUUGUGCAGAUUCACAACUGCUACUGGCUUUAAGUGUAUCUUAAAGUAACCUUAAGCACAUCACUGCUGCAAUCACACACACCAGGCCAACUUCUGAAGUAUUUUCAGAAGUUUUAUUGUGCCUUAUCCAGCAGUGGAAGAAGCUGUAUUCUCCUUGUUGUAUUAUAGCGAAUAAAUUGCUAAAUGUGGCACCAAAUAACUUGUCAAUGCAUUCCCAAAAGUUACAAUUUUUGAGGGUCAGUUUUAGAUAUAAUGGAGGACUAUUUGCAACCUGACCCCUAAACUUACUAAAUUCCUUAUAACAGGAAGUACAAUUUUCUUACUUAAGUACAAAUCUAUUUUGUAUUUUGCGUGAUCAGUGUGAACAAGAGCAAUGCCAUUUGUUUAUUUAAAUAAUGUUAAUUAGUAAUUUCACUGUUUGAGACCUAUAUUUUCCAUAUAAAAAAAAUCACAGAAAAUCCAGUGGACUUUGCAUGGCUUUUAAAUGUAAGUAAAAAGAAAGUUAAAGUAGGGAGUAAAGAGUUAAUUUAACUUAACUGUGUAAGUGUAUUUCACGUGUGAGAAAGUUGCUGUAAAGAAGCCCAAUAAGCAACAAGAAGGCCACACACUGGCAUCUUUCUUUAAUAUGGUUUUCUGGCACUCUCCUCUCUAAUAUAGGAGGUCUGUGAACACCCUCAGAGAAAAAGUAGUCUCUUUUCCAGACUGGUGGGCAACAACAUGACAACAGUUCUGGAAUUUGGUCGAGUUGUAUGUGUCUUGCUGUAGGGCAUUGGAGUAGGUUGAAUCACAGAGGCAUUAGUCCAUGUUAAGUCCUCCAUCGUUAUAGAAGACUGUUGUGCCUUUCUGUGUUAUAAUAUAAUCCAAGCAUUUAUUUUAAACCAAUCUUUGAUUACUUUACUAUGUAUGUUAGAAAUGAAUGACGGUCAUCUAAGGAAUGAGAACCGGCACACAAAGUACGCAAUCCAUUAUUGUUAGGUGUUCAAAGAGAGCCACCUAGUGGUUAAAUAUGAUCAUUACAACAUAUUAACCACUUAGUUACAGUGUAUCAUUUAUAGUGCUUCUUAAAUGUUGUUUUUUUUUUUUUUUUUUUU